AUGGCGGCGGGCUCGGAUCUGCUGGACGAGGUCUUCUUCAACAGCGCGAGGUGGACGAAAGUGGUGAGCGACCUGCGGGCCUGCUCGAGUCGCAGCGCCGCGGCCAGCGCGGCCCACCACCACCGACACCUCGCGCCGCGCAAUGCGCCCGAGGUGCAAUGCGCCGGCGCGCUCGGGAACCAUGUAGAGCGGCAGCCUGGCCGGAGCCGCGGCGCAGGGCCGGCCGCCCCGCCGAGGGCGCGUUCCGGAGCGGCGCCGGAGCUGCCCCCGCAGGUAGAGCGCGGCCGGGGGCGGGGGUCGCGGCGCCUGGCCCCCUCACCGCGCCGCCCCCGGCCUCCGCAAAUCGGCGCCGCCGCCGCGAAGCCGAGGCCGCCGCCCGAGGGCAGCGCGGGGGCCUGCGCCCCGGUGCCCGCCGCCGCCGCCGUCGCCGCGGGGCCCGAGCUCGCCCCCGCCGGCCCCGCCAAGCCCGCCGGCCCCACCGCGCUGGCCGCCCGCGCCGGCCCUGGUUCCGGGCCCGGCCCCGCCCUGGCCCUGGCGCCCGCCGGCCCCGGCGCCGCGCAAACUUUGGUGGCUUCUGCGCUGCUGAACUCGCACCACGCCGCCGCACCUGCUGUCAGCCUGGUCAACAACGGCCCCGCGCUGCUGCCGCUGCCCAAGCCCGCCGCCCCGACUGCCGUCGUCAUCCAGACGCCCUUCGUGGGCGCCGCCGCGCCCCCGCGCCCGCCGCGCCCUUCGCCCCCGCCGCCUCCGCGCCCGCCGCCCCGCCGCCGCCCCGCCCCCGCACCCCCGCGCCCGCCACUCCUGGCGGUUGCCCGGCCACCCUGCCGAUUCCCGACCGCCGCGCCCGCCAGGCCGCCCCACAGCUCCAGCUCGGCAGCAGCGCCGGGCAGCCCCACCCCCGCCCCGGCCGCCGGGGGCCCCGCGGGGGUCAGCGGCCAGCCCGGGCCUGGCGCGGCGGCUGCGGCGCCAGCGCCGGGGGUCAAGGCCGAGUCGCCCAAGACGGUGGUGCAGGCGGCGCCCCCGGCGGCGCAGACCCUGGCGGCCAGCGGCCCGGCCAGCACGGCUGCCAGCAUGGUCAUCGGGCCAACUAUGCAAGGGGCGCUGCCCAGCCCCGCCGCCGUCCCACCGCCCGCCCCCGGGACCCCCACCGGGCUGCCCAAAGGCACGGCCGGCGCAGUGACCCAGAGCCUGCCCCGGACGCCCACGGCCACCACCAGCGGGAUCCGGGCCACCCUGACACCCACCGUGCUGGCCCCCCGCCUGCCGCAGCCGCCUCAGAACCCGACCAACAUCCAGAACUUCCAGCUACCCCCAGGAAUGGUCCUCGUCCGAAGUGAGAAUGGGCAGUUGUUAAUGAUUCCUCAGCAGGCCUUGGCCCAGAUGCAGGCGCAGGCCCAUGCCCAGCCUCAGACCACCAUGGCGCCCCGCCCUGCCACCCCCACAAGUGCCCCUCCCGUCCAGAUCUCCACCGUACAGGCACCUGGAACACCUAUCAUUGCACGGCAGGUGACCCCAACUACCAUAAUUAAGCAAGUGUCUCAGGCCCAGACAACGGUGCAGCCCAGUGCAACCCUGCAGCGCUCGCCCGGCGUCCAGCCUCAGCUCGUUCUGGGUGGCGCUGCCCAGACGGCUUCACUUGGGACGGCAACGGCUGUUCAGACGGGGACUCCUCAGCGCACGGUUCCAGGGGCAACCACCACUUCCUCAGCUGCCACGGAAACUAUGGAAAACGUGAAGAAAUGUAAAAAUUUCCUAUCUACGUUAAUAAAACUGGCUUCAUCUGGCAAGCAGUCUACAGAGACAGCAGCUAAUGUGAAAGAGCUCGUGCAGAAUUUACUGGAUGGAAAAAUCGAAGCAGAAGAUUUCACAAGCAGGUUAUACCGAGAACUUAAUUCUUCACCUCAACCUUACCUUGUGCCUUUCCUGAAGAGGAGCUUACCCGCCUUGAGACAGCUGACUCCCGACUCCGCGGCCUUCAUCCAGCAGAGCCAGCAGCAGCCGCCACCACCCGCCUCGCAGGCCACCACUGCGCUCACGGCUGUGGUGCUGAGUAGCUCAGUCCAGCGCACGGCCGGGAAGACGGCGGCCACCGUGACCAGUGCCCUCCAGCCCCCUGUGCUCAGCCUCACGCAGCCCACGCAGGUCGGCGUCGGCAAGCAGGGCCAACCCACACCGCUGGUGAUCCAGCAGCCUCCGAAGCCAGGAGCCCUGAUCCGGCCUCCGCAGGUGACGUUGACGCAGACACCCAUGGUCGCCCUGCGGCAGCCUCACAACCGGAUCAUGCUCACCACGCCUCAGCAGAUCCAGCUGAACCCGCUGCAGCCAGUCCCUGUGGUGAAACCCGCUGUGUUACCUGGAACCAAAGCCCUUUCCGCUGUCUCGGCACAAGCAGCUGCUGCACAGAAAAAUAAACUCAAGGAGCCUGGGGGAGGUUCGUUUCGGGACGAUGAUGACAUUAAUGAUGUUGCAUCAAUGGCUGGAGUAAACCUGUCAGAAGAAAGUGCGAGAAUAUUAGCCACCAACUCUGAAUUGGUGGGUACGCUAACGCGGUCCUGUAAAGAUGAAACCUUCCUCCUCCAAGCGCCUUUGCAGAGAAGAAUAUUAGAAAUAGGUAAAAAACAUGGUAUAACGGAAUUACAUCCAGAUGUAGUAAGUUAUGUAUCACAUGCCACGCAACAAAGGCUACAGAAUCUUGUAGAGAAAAUAUCAGAAACGGCUCAGCAGAAGAACUUUUCUUACAAGGAUGACGACAGAUACGAGCAGGCGAGUGAUGUCCGGGCACAGCUCAAGUUUUUUGAACAGCUCGAUCAAAUCGAAAAACAGAGGAAGGACGAACAGGAGCGGGAGAUCCUGAUGAGGGCAGCAAAGUCUCGGUCAAGACAAGAAGAUCCAGAACAGUUAAGGCUGAAACAGAAGGCAAAGGAGAUGCAGCAACAGGAACUGGCACAAAUGAGACAGCGGGACGCCAACCUCACAGCACUAGCAGCUAUCGGGCCCAGGAAAAAGAGGAAAGUGGACUGUCCGGGACCGGGCUCGGGAGCAGAGGGGUCGGGCCCCGGCUCGGUGGUCCCAGGCAGCUCGGGGGUCGGAGCCCCCAGACAGUUCACGCGACAAAGAAUCACGCGGGUCAACCUCAGGGACCUCAUAUUUUGUUUAGAAAAUGAACGUGAGACAAGCCAUUCACUGCUGCUCUACAAAGCAUUCCUUAAGUGACACAGGAGGACGCCUGGGGACUUUUUAUAUAUUUGCAGAUUACGCCUUUUUGUAACAAGCAAAUGGGA